AUGAACUUUCUUCGCCAAGAAGUUAAUGGAGAAGAAAUGGUUCGCCUCGCAAGAACUGGCUUCGGCACGAACUCAAAUUUGCGCAAACGAGAGCCCACAACUGAGAAGGAAAGCGACCUAGCGACAGCUGCAGCGUUAGUAAGCACUGAGAAAAAGGAUUCUGGUAGUCAAAGUAGUUAUGUAAGUCAGAAAGUUUUGUCUGAGCUGAAAGCAACUCCACUUCGUGAAGAAACAGUGAUUCACUCGUUAUUUGGGGGGAGGGAAACGAACCCAAAACGGCAUAAGAUAUUCACUGUUGAAGUGAGGGGUUUGAAAAGGUCUUUUGCUUGUAGUUUUGAAGCUCUUUCUGAAAGGAAAAUUUGUAGUUUUAUACCAAAAGUUAGUAAUCCUUAUAUUUUGAAUGAAUUAAAGAAAAAGAAUAUUGAAGUUUCUGAUUCCCUUUGUAAAAUGAAAGAAAUUGAUCUUUUAAUAGGGGCAGAUGUUUUAGGAAAAUUGCUGACGGGACGUUCAGUAGAUUUAGAAUCCGGCCUUACUGCCGUAGAAAUGAAGCUUGGGUGGACUGUUAUGGGUAAGCAGAACACAAAUGAGAAAGAUGAUGUUUUCAGAACAUUAUCGAUGCAUGCUAAAAAUAUUCCUUUGAAUGAAUUGUGGGAACUUGAAAGUAUAGGAAUAACAGAUCCCACUUGCAAUGUUAAUAAGAAAGCAUGCAUAGGAGAACAUUUAGCUGAAUUUGAGGAUAAAUUGAAAAUUCUUCCUUGUGGAAGAUAUGAAGUAGAGCUUCCUUGGAAGCAUGAUUUUUCGAGCUUACCAGGUAAUAAGGAUUUAGCCUGGAAAAGGCACGAAAAAAUGAUUAGUAAGUCAAAAUGUAAUAAUUUUCUUGAGGAUUACCAAAAUGUAUUCAAAGAAUGGGAAAACUUGAAUAUUAUUGAGCGCGUGCCAGAUUCGGAAUUAGAGAAUAAGUGCCACUAUCUACCACAUAGACCUGUUAUAAAAAAAGAUAGUAAGACCACAAAAGUUCGGCCUGUUUUUGAUGCUUCAGCAUCCCAGAGAGGUAAGCCUUCUUUGAAUGAAUGCUUGUUUAAAGGAAUGAACCUCAUUGAACUAAUACCAGAUAUUAUUGAGAGAUUCAGGUUGUAUCCCAUAGGGCUAAGUGCAGACAUUGAAAAGGCAUUUUUGAUGUUAUCUGUUGCUCCUGAACACAGGGAUUUUCUUCGAUUUUUUUAUCCUUGUGAUGAAGGUCCGCUGAUUUACAGGCACUGCAGGGCCGUGUUCGGCGUAACGUCGAGCCCUUUUUUGUUGAAUAUUUCUAUUGCUCAUCUCUUGGAAAAUAGUCCUCCUGAAUAUAAUGAGAUUGCACAGAAGUUGAAAUGUUCUUUCUUUGUGGACAAUUGUGUAACAGGGGUUCAUAAUACCGAAGAAGAAGCAAAGUUCAUCGAACAAUCGCAACUAAUUAUGUCAAAGGGAUGUUUUAACUUGCGAGGGUUUGAAAGCAAUGUAGUUUGUGAAAAUGUUACUAAACAUUCAGGGGAAACGUCUGUAUUAGGAAUUUUAUGGAAUUUGGAUAAUGACACUCUAAGGUGUAAUAUAAAUAUAGAAGCAUUGACUUGUGACACAAAAAUUACAAAGCGUUUAAUUUUAUCAACAGUGCAAAAGAUUUUUGAUUCCAUCGGCUUAUUAAGCCCUACUACAUUGCUUCCUAAACUGAUACUGCAAGAUGCUUGGAAAUUAAAACAUUCCUGGGAUUUAGAACUACCCCCUGAUAUUGCAAAUACAUUUUUGAAAUGGGCUAAAUCUAGAGUAGCUCCACUAAAACCACUGAGUAUUCCUCGGUUAGAGCUCAUGGCUUGCUGCAUAGGUGCUAGACUUUUGAAUUCUGUACUAAAAGCACUCGAUUUUCCGAAUUUUAAAAUCUCACUUUGGUCGGAUUCAAGUGUUGCUCUUUGGUGGAUAAAACGUCAGGAAAAUUGGUCAGUUUUUGUUAGUAAUAGAGUGAAAGAAAUCAGGGAAUUGACUCAACCUGAGUUGUGGAAGCAUGUUUCUGGGAAAAUGAAUAUAGCUGAUGUAUUGUCUAGCGGAUGCAGUCCUAGACAAUUUCUUGACUCCAAAUGGUGGGAAGGACCGACCUGGUUGAAGUUGGCACCAGAAAAGUGGCCACCAAGUGAAGUAGAUUGUAAGCCCAAAGAAGUCGACGUGGAAAGAAAGAGAAUAAAAAUUACCACUAUUGAUUUGAACCAGGACGCGCCGUUUUGGCCUCCAAUAAAGAUUUCUAGUUAUGAGAAGUUCAUAAAUGUGUUCGGAUGGGUUUUGAGAUUUGUAAACAAUUUGCAAAACUUUUACUUUUCAGAAGAAAAGGUAUUAAAUGGUAUCCAUGUUUUUAAAGAUCAUGACGGCAUAUUAAAAGUUGUUACUAAGAUCACUUGUAGAGAAGAUAAUAAGUCGUUUUUGAAUCCUAUUUUGUUGCCAGAUAAAUGUGAAUUGUCGAGACUCUUGAUUGAGUCCAUUCAUCGAAAAUAUUGUCAUGCGGAUGUUCCAAUGAUGUUAUUAUUGAAUCAUGAUGAGCUGAACACAUUAAUAUGUGAUUGUGAAUUAGUCAUUAAUUCAAGGCCUCUAACAUAUGUGUCGGAAAACCCUCAGGAGUUGAUUCCUCUCACACCUGCCAUGUUCCUUAUUGAAAACCGUAGUUCUGAUGUUACAGAUAUUGAUCAUGUGGAUUUGCAAAGUCUAAGAAAGAGAAUAAGAUAUAGAUAUAAGCUGUUCAAUGAUUUAAGACAGCGUUUCAGAAAAGAAUAUUUAGGCCAAUUAAUUCAAAAACACGAUGAGAAGCCAACCCGAGAGCCAAGAGUUGGCGAAAUUGUUUUAAUUGGCGACGAUAAUAAAAAACGCGUGUUUUGGCCUUUGGCGAAAAUUAUUGAAUUGAUUCCUGGACGAGAUAAAAGGGUUCGCGCUGUUAGGCUCAAAACUCAAAAUGGGAUUUUUGUUCGUCCAGUGGAACGUGUUUACCCAUUGGAGAUACGUACUGAUGAUGAGGCGGUUGCAAUUUCCGACAAAGCCAUGAGUGUGAUGGAAUCAAAUCCUAAGGAAGGUGUUCAGAAGACUUCUGUUAAAAAGUGUUAUCCUGAUAUUGUUCUGGAAAAAUAUACCAGAUCUGGAAGGUGUGUGAAAGUACCAAAAAGACUGGAUCUUUUAAAUAAUGAGUGUCACAUGUUUGAGACCCUUCCCAGAGUCUCAAAGGGGGGAGGUAUGUUAGAAACUGAAGUGAAGAGAGGUCCAAUUGAAUGA